AUGGUUGGAAUGCGGAGCCUCUCGUCGGGGGCUGCCUGGUCCCGGUCCCCCACCCUGCUCCUGGGCUUGUGGGGCUGGGUGCCGUCGGAGCUCCGCUCAAGCGACGCUCACCACCCGGGGUGCCGCGGGGGGAGGCGGGGAGAGCGGCCGCCUAGCCCAGCCCCGCGGAUGACAGGAGCCGGGGAGCCGAGGAGGGAGGAGCCGCCGCCAAGCGCUGGGCUGAGGAGCAGAGAGAGCGGGGCGCGGAGUGCGGGCGGCUGGGAGCGCGCUGAGCGGGGGAGAGGCGCUGCCGCACGGCCGGCCACAGGACCACCUCCCCGGAGAAUAGGGCCUCUUUAUGGCAUGUGGCUGGUAACUUUCCUCCUGCUCCUGGACUCUUUACACAAAGCCCGCCCUGAGGAUGUCGGCACCAGCCUCUACUUUGUAAAUGACUCCUUGCAGCAGGUGACCUUUUCCAGCUCUGUGGGGGUGGUGGUACCCUGCCCGGCCGCGGGCUCCCCCAGCGCGGCCCUUCGAUGGUACCUGGCCACGGGGGACGACAUCUACGACGUGCCGCACAUCCGGCACGUGCACGCCAACGGGACGCUGCAGCUCUACGCCUUCUCCCCCUCCGCCUUCAAUAGCUUUAUACACGACAAUGACUACUUCUGCACAGCGGAGAAUGCAGCCGGCAAGAUCCGGAGCCCCAACAUCCGCGUCAAAGCAGUUUUCAGGGAACCCUACACCGUCCGGGUGGAGGAUCAAAGGUCAAUGCGUGGAAACGUGGCCGUCUUCAAGUGCCUCAUCCCCUCUACAGUGCAGGAAUACGUUAGCGUCGUGUCUUGGGAGAAAGACACAGUCUCCAUCACCCCAGGUAAGAAGGAAUCAUAUUGCAGCAAGGGCUGCUGGAGUUGAGUACAGGGUCUGAACUGGUCAGAU